UCGAAACUGGAGAACCGGGAGUACCGGGAUGCUCAGGAAUUCGCGGCCGACGUCCGGUUGAUGUUCUCCAACUGCUACAAGUACAACCCCGCCGACCACGAGGUGGUGGCCAUGGCGCGCAAGCUGCAGGACGUGUUCGAGAUGCGUUUCGCCAAGAUGCCCGACGAGCCGGAAGAACCCGUGAUUCCGGCUUCUUCUCCCGUGGUGGUGCCGCCUCCAACCAAGGUGGCUCCCCCUUCGUCCAGCGACAGCAGCAGCGACAGCUCCUCCGACAGCGACAGCUCCUCGGACGACUCCGAGGAGGAGCGAGCUCAGCGCUUGGCCGAGCUCCAGGAGCAG